AUGCCCAUCCGUCAGCCUCUGCGCGUGCUCUUCUUCGACGUAUUCGGCACGGUCGUCAGCUGGCGGCCCAGUGUGGCGAAUGCGCUGAGCGAGGCGACUCGCCACGCUCUCAGGGCUACAGCCGCAGAGGCGCGGCAGGUCGCCUCGGCCAUGACCGCCGCCGACUGGCAGUGCUUCGCCGAGCAAUGGCGCCGGAUGUACUCGCGGUUCACGCGAUCAUUUGAUCCGGCGCGGGAUACGUUCAUCUCGGUCGACCAACACCACUACGAGUCGCUGCGGCGGCUGCUGGUGGAAUGGAAGCUGGCGCCCCUGUUCUCGGAGGAGGGAAUGCAGGAGCUGGCGCUGUGCUGGCACCGGUUGGAGCCCUGGGCGGACAGCGUGGCGGGUCUGCAUGCGCUGAACCGGCGGUUCGCGACCAGCACGUUGUCGAACGGCAACCUGAGCCUGCUGCGCGACCUGCAGCAGUUUGGGGGCCUGCCCUUUACGUACCUGGCGAGCGCGGAGCAGUUUGGGGCGUACAAACCGGCGCCGCAGGUGUACCUGGGCGCCACGCGGGCGCUGGGGACGCCGCCGGCGCAGUGCGCGCUGGUUGCGGCGCACUUGCACGACCUGCAGGCGGCGCGGGCGCAGGGCCUGCAAACGAUCUUCGUCGAGCGGGCGGGCGAGGAGCGACCGUUGCGCGGCGCCGAACGAGCCACGGCGCAAGCGUCCGUCGAUCUGUGGAUCGACGAAGGGCAGGGGGGCUUUCUCGAGGUGGCGAAGCGGUUAUUGUAG